CCAUUUGCCUGUCAUCAGAGCAUUGCAAACUUUGUGAUUAGCAGGACUUCAGCUUUGAAUGCAAUCCUUGUGUGUUUGAUUAUCAUUUGGGAAAUUUCUUGCACUCAGUUCGGAGCAUUCUCCUCAGCUACUUUAAUAUCACAGCGAGUUCACAUGGGUAUUGAGCUUGAAGAGUCUGUUGUGAUGGAGAAGUCUAAUGGCUAUGGCAAUGCGUUUCAGCUUUGUGUGAAGCAAGGUGAGCCAACUUUAGUUACCCCUGCGGAGGAGACAGAGAAAGGUCUGUACUUCCUUUCAAACCUUGAUCAAAACAUUGCUGUGAUCGUCCGAACUAUCUAUUGUUUCGAGUCAAAUGAGAAAGGAAAUGAAAAGUCUGGAGAAGUGAUCAAGAACGCCUUGGAAAAGGUUCUUGUUCACUACUACCCGCUUGCUGGUCGUCUAACAAUAAGCGCGGAGGGAAAGCUUAUCAUAAAUUGCACCGGGGAAGGGGCUGUGUUUGUUGAGGCUGAAGCUAACUGUUCAAUGGAAGAGAUCGGAGACAUAACAAAGCCAGAUCCUGAGACUCUUGGAAAACUGGUUUAUGACAUUCCUGGGGCGAAAAAUAUACUAGAGAUGCCCCCACUUGUGGCUCAGGUGACCAGGUUCAAAUGUGGAGGGUUUGUUCUUGGGCUGUGCAUGAACCAUUGUAUGUUUGAUGGAAUUGGUGCCAUGGAAUUUGUAAACUCAUGGGGUGAAACAGCAAGAGGUGUGCCAUUAAACGUCCCACCAUUCCUCGAUAGAAAGAUUCUCCAAGCCAGGAACCCACCAAAGAUCGAGUAUUUGCACCAAGAAUUCGCAGAGAUAGAAGAUAAGUCUGGCACUAGUGACCUCUACAAAGAUGAAAUGCUCUACAGGUCCUUCUGUUUUGACCCUGAAAAGCUUGAAAAAAUCAAGAUGAAAGCAAUGGAAGAUGAAGCUCUUGACAGGUGCACUACUUUUGAAGCACUUUCAGCUUUUGUGUGGAAGGCUCGGACCAAGGCAUUAAAAUUUUUCCCUGACCAACUUGCAAAACUUCUGUUUGCUGUUGAUGGCCGGCCUAAAUUCAACCCACCACUACCAAAAGGCUACUGUGGGAAUGGAAUUGUGUUGACAAAUGCUAUAUGCCAAGCCGGUGAUCUAAUGGAAAAACCACUCUCGUUUGCGGUGGGACAAGUUCAGGAGGCAAUCAAGAUGGUUACAGAUAGUUACAUGAGAUCUGCCAUCGAUUACUUCGAAGCAACAAGAACAAGGCCUUCUCUAUCUUCCACACUUUUGAUAACUACUUGGUCAAGGCUAUCUUUUCACACAACGGAUUUCGGGUGGGGAGAGCCAGUUCUAUCAGGGCCAGUGGCGUUGCCAGAGAAGGAAGUGAUCUUGUUCCUAUCUCAUGGAAAAGAAAGGAAAAGCAUAAAUGUGCUUCUUGGCUUGCCGGCUUCUUCCAUGAAGAUCUUCCAGGAACUUAUGCAACUCUAGAGUACAAAUUAUCUCAUCAUGUUCAUUUUAAAUUAAAAAUUUAUGGUGUUAUUUUCAUAAUGUUAUACUGUUGUGGUUCAAUUUGUUUCUGUCAUUUAGAACUCUAUAUGUAUGUGUAUUGUGCUGUGGGAAGAAAAAACAAGCAUGACCAAGUACUAUCCAGAGGUUGAAGAUCAUUGAGGCUGAAUUUGUGAGGACUGGACCAAGGUUUAAAGCCAAUUUCAGCUAUAUUAGUCUUUCUUUAUUUUUUUUCCUUUGUCGGGAUUUACAUGGAAUUUGUAUCGACAACUAUUUAAUUUCAGUACUUGAUCAUGUGAUUUUCCUUAUACUUAAUACAUUCAUUGCAAUGUUACAUGA